UUUUGUUUGGACGCAAAAAAUGACAUCACUUCAGCGAUUGUCAGUGAUGGUGUCAUGUCAUGGUUAUUCAAAAUAUAAAUUUAAAUUUACUCAAUUAGUCGACUAGUCUGUCUGUAUUAACAUCGAACAUAAUGAGCAAGAAAGAAGGGUUAGAUAUUGAAGUGGCCCCUUUGAGGCAGCUGGAUGAUUUCCUGCUAGAUUCAGCACGAUUCCAAAUUCCCAACUUCAAGGAUCUGGAAAAAUGGGGCAAUCGAGUUACCAGCAACUUGCUCUAUUAUCAGACAAACUAUUUUCUACUUGCUUCCAGCAUUUUCACCAUAGUUGGCAUAAUUCAUCCGAUUCGAAUGAUAUGUGGCUGUUUGGCUACAGGACUGAUUUUUGCGAUAUUUGUUUAUGUCACUAAUGAAAAAGCCGCUGCUGCUAAUUUCAAACAACAGCAUCCAUUAAUUUCACUAAUUCUCAUCUUUGGAUCCCUCUAUCUCAUUGCUCACAUGUUCCAAAGUGUACUUGUCUUCUUUCUGGGCGUUUUGCUGCCUUUUUCAGUUAUAUUUGUUCAUGCUUCUUUGAGAUUGAGAAACAUUAAGAACAAAAUUGCGAACAGAGUCGAAGUGUUGGGCUCGAAAAGAACUCCAAUGGGGCUUUUUCUUGAAGAGAUGGGCCUGCAAAGUGACUUCUUUUGAAAUGUUUUUGGCAAAAGCCUUAAAAUAAUCCGAUAUAUUCAGCAUCGCACGAUGUUCUUUCUCUGGUCAUAAAAGCCAAAAAUGAUGUAACAUUUUUCUAGUUUGUAGUUUUAUUAAUUAAUACUUUUUGUUAUUAGAGCAACCAAUAACAAUUAGUUUGAAAUGUUUAUAUUGCUGUAUAGGACUCAAGUUGGAAGUAUAGUUGAUAGGCUUGCUCAUUUAUAUACAUACCUAUAUAUAAAUAUAUAUUUGUAAAUCAUUCAAUUACUUCAAAUGUAUGGCAUUAGAUUAUUAAUAAAGAUGCGAAGUUGAUGAGUAA